UAUAAAGUCCAGGAAUUGUAAUGUAAUGAAUCCAGGUCAAUUGAUCCAGGAAUGGGUCAGUUUAAUGGUAAUGGACUUGACAAAAUGCAACAGGAGAUAAUUGUCAUGGUAGUCGAAUGAUGUAGACGAGUUGUAUCACGGCAUGUGUUAAUAUGUAUGUGUAAGGGCAUUACUGACAGGUGUGUCCAUGGUGUCAUCCAGUCAUCAACAUCAGAAAUUAUAACUUUUAUGUAGCCAUAAUGUACCUCUCUGUGUGCUGAAUGCAUGGAACGUAGUUGGAAAGUGUGUUUGGCUUUGAAGUUAUUUACUCAGUAAUUGAUCAAAUUGUGUCUAAUAAUGAGCUACAGGGUAUAGCUAAUGUCUCAAGAUGCCGUCUAAAUUCCAUGAACUGAAGCAGGACAAGCCAGACUGAAGACUUCAUUUUUUGUUGUUGUUGAGAUCUAGAGAUUUCUCUCGUGGUUAUAGGUGAAAAUUCACAUCAGACAAGGUACCAUGUGACUUCACUUUUCUCUCCGCCUCAAUUUCUCAUACUGGUUAUGGCUGAUAUGCUUGUUAGACCGAUCCCGAGAUCAAUAAGAUUGUGGAUUCUGUUGAAGAAAAUGUUGUUUGGCGUGCCAUGCCGGGAUGUCUAUGUGGCUCUGGUGAACCAGAUCAAAGCCUGGAGGACGAGGGCCAGCUGUGAAUCUGGUGGAGAGAACUGUCUUUAUGAGUUGCUGUCUUCGUCUCCCAUCCUGAUCAAAGCCAAGCACACCUCUCCCACGACCAAUGAUGUGGACGACCUCAGGUUCAGCCUGUAUUCCAUGGAGGAGUCCUCUGUGUGCCGCGUGACUGGAGAGGCAGUGUCAGAGUCCUGGGUAGACCUGAUGGACAACGGCACCAGCUACUGCAGUCUCCACAACCUGGUAGAAGGCAGUGGACUCAGUCAGGUGGAAGGAUACAAAGAGUACACCAACGAGUGGAUCUGCCUUGAGUACACCACAACCAACUGCUCCAUCUACUGAGCCAGUGUCCAUGUUUGAAACCUACGUCUGUCUUUAUUAAGAAACCUCGAGUGAUGAUGCCUGUAAAGUUGAUGACAAAGAAAGGCGAAAGACGCUCUUUAGUGACCACAUUCACUUUAUUUGAUGUAGAUACUGUUUCCAGGUUAGGGUCACGUGAUUGCAGAUUCUAGCUUUACUAUUACAGGCAUUGACGCUUCUAUUGCUAUUAUCCUUAGUGCUUUAAUGAAACCCGAACACCUUGUUUACAACAUCUAUGCACCCUCGUCUCACUGCUGAGACCUUUUAAAGUCCUUUUCAUGAUGGAAGGAAAGCUUAUUUCCAGUUAAAUAAAUAGACUUUUGACACCAAC